AUGUCCAGGCCCCGAUACCCCUUUUUGUUUUUCGUCCUUGGCUUGCUAUUGUUCCCUGGCUCUUCACUUCAGAACACCAGCCCAAGAUCAACCACCAGCCAACCAAAGAUAAUCCUCGACAACGACUGGAACCCCACCGCGUUCAUCGCUUUCCUGCUCCCUUUAUACUACAACUACACUGUCCUCGGCUUAGCCUCCGACACAGCCAACUCCUGGGCACUCCAAACCGGCCUUCACGCUCUCGCCUCUCUCGAGAUUGCCUCCUUGUCGUCUUGCAUCCCUGUUUACAAGGGGUCUGACUACCCGCUUCUGCAAACAGCACAUACCUUUCAAACCUAUGAGCUCCUCCACGGUGAGUUACCGUGGAAGGGUGUCUUUGCGAAGGAGAACACCACCAAUGAGAAAUUGGGAAAUGAUCCUACCUCUGGUGACCCACGAAGAGUGGUGAAAGAAGCUUUUACUACCAAAGGAUAUUAUGGAUACCCCAAUGUGAGCUUCGCCGAGGGCUCAGCAGCGGAGUUUAUGGUCAAGGCCGUGAGGGAGAAUCCAGGGCAGGUAAGCAUAUUCUCGGCAGGGGCCCUGACGAAUGUCGCGCUGGCGGUGAGGCUUGAUGAGGACUUCGCGAAGAACACAGCUGGGUUGUAUAUUAUGGGAGGGUAUGUGGAUAGGUUUAUGGAGCAGGCUAUAUGGGAUGUGUUGAGGGCGGACUUGGUCUCGGAUAUCAACUUUAUCGUGGACCCUGAAGCAACCAAGAUUGCGCUUAUGUCUGACUUUCCGAAUAUCACGCUUGUGGCUAAUUCUGCUAAUGGGGUGAUACCGAAUCAGGCGUUUCUUAAUGAGUUGGUGGCGGUAAAUGACAACCCCUUGAGUAGAUUGGUCAGGGCGAACCAGCCUACUUAUCUGCCGUUUUGGGAUGAGACUGCCGCGGCUGUGAUGGUUGAUCGUGAAGCGGUUGUGUUGGAUGAAGUGGAAGUUUAUGUUGAUGUUGAUACAUCGUACCACUCGCCCUUUUACGGGUAUAUCCGCCCGUACCAGGCAGCACUGAUGCCGCAUGGGUUGAGAAAGAUCAAGUACAUUAACGCGGUUAACAAUACGAAGGUCGCCGAGAUGAUCAAGACUGUUGUUCAGUUUCCGCCAAAAGGUUGUGCCGAUCUUCAUGAAUGAGGGGCGGAUAACCAGGCUUGA